GCCGCGCUCCGUCCUGACAUGCUGAAUGAUACAUUCCGUUGCUCACACAAAAUAAAAUUGAUAGCAUUUACUGCAUUCAUCUAAGCGCUAUCCGAUGAGUUAUGCGUGCUUAGUGAGCAUUUAUUUCUUAUUGCGGCUCGUACUGUCAAGUAAAUCUUUUCAGCUACGUGCUAACACUGUUAAACCUGCUUGGAUUUCAUGAAUCAAGCUUUGAAUGACUGUCUAUAUAAGUAUAAAGUGCCAGAGUACACCUGUUGGUGUGAGUGAAAUUGUUAACCAGAAUGUUCAUGUCUAGACUUUGCUCUAAAUUAAUAAAACAAAACAGCUAAAACACAAAUCAAUAUCAAUGAUAACUGUCAGUCGUCUCUCGAUGCCCUCAGCGUUUAAUUGAUUUCUAUUAAGUACGCCGUUUUCGACACUCGAGGACGUCAGAUAGAGGAUGACGGACACACUCGUCCUCUCAUUCCAGACCCAGCUGUCUGCGGUCAUGGAAACUGUCCUCAAGACCACCAUGUACGAGGUCACCAGGUUGGUGGAGGAGAGCUUCUUGGACCAGAUGGAUCGCGGGAAACGCGAGGCGGAGGCGUUGAGAAGGAGGCUGAUAUUGUCAGAAGCCAAACUGAGAGAACGGGAGAGGUUCAAGAGGGUGCGAUGUGUUGACUGUGGCCGGUCAGCAAUCUCCAAGAGGAGAAUACUAAACAGAGGCCCAGAAACACAGAGCAGUUUGGGCCAACCCCUUCUUCUAAAGCAGGAGAAUGCCUCUGACAGUAGUUGGAGGCAUAGUGCCAAGGGAAGCAUGAUGUCAAACCAAGAGAAGCCUUCAACUGUCCUAGAAACUCAGCAAAAUGCUGUUCAAGUGGAUGGACCCAAGGAUGUAGGAGAAGUGAAAGAGGAGGCCUCCGUGGCUAGAGACAAUCAAGCUUGCUUAGUAAUGUGCUCUCAAAUACACAAACAACAGGAUUCACAAAGCCGGUUGGAAGAAACCAAUGGACUCAACAAUACUGAUUCUGACCACAGGCCACUAAAGGACAAACCAUGUGGUGGCACAUCUUGCAAUGAGAAGCCUGGGAAUGAGGAUGAAGGGUUACACAGGAACCAGACAAAAUGGUUUGGUUCUAAAGCAGAUCCUCCUUGUCAGCCAGAAGCAGUCAAGACUUCACCAUCUUCUCAGUCUCAGGGAUUGAGACCACAUGUAGGCAGCCUAGAUUCAGGACCCAUUAAACAGGAAGUUGUAGUGAUGCUUCCACCAGACUGGGAAGACAUGGAGAGGAUUAGGCCUCCAAUGGUUUCUUCUCACAACAAUGCUAAAAAGACUCAGUUGGAACUUCAGCCCGGAGAUCCCAUCUCAACUAGACCUCAAUUUGAGGAGCGAGCUCCACGUGCUGCACCUCCUGUCAUGGUUCAAGGCCUUGCGCCACAAGCCAUGCAGCAUCUGAGAUCGCCUGUUAGGAAGAACACAAACGUUGUUGUACACCCCAAUGCGGUUGUAUCAGAUCAAGGUGCCAUUGAUGUAAACAGGGUGCAUUCUAUCUGCAAAGGCCUUCCUGGAUCAAAACCCUCUCAAGUUCAUCAAUACCCUGAGGGAGCUGGUACAGGUGAAAGAAGCUUCAGCACUGUGCACCCAGAAAGGAGUCUCCCACAAGUGGUCAGUGUGAGGGUUCAGGGAGACAUGCGGCACCAUUCGGAGAGGACCAUGCACAAUUGCAACCAGUGUGGAAAAGGCUUUACUCACCUGUGCCACCUUCGAGUUCACCAACAGAUCCACACAGGAGAUAGGCAGUUCUGCUGUACAAUCUGUGGCCGGAGCUUCACAAAACUGAGUAACUUGAAAGCUCACCGCAGGGUCCACACAGGUGAGAGACCUUACAUCUGCACAGACUGUGGAAAAAGGUUUACCCAGAAAUGCAACUUGAAAAGACAUCAGAGAAUUCACUCUGAAUUCAUACACUCCAAUAUAUGACAAGUGGAUCUGUAAUUGGUGUACAAUGAAUCUGCCACUAAAGGAAUACGUCCUUCAUUUAUCGGUCUCACACACAGGAGAUAUGUGGAGGCUCUUUGUUUUGUUGACUGGCUGAAUUAUUUUUAAUAUCAUACAUCAGAUUGGAACUCAUGCUAAUUUUCAAACCUCAUUUUCAUAGAGAGACAAAUGACUAAAUCACUCAGGGGCAAUUUCCAAUCAUAUAAUGAUACUGUGACAGAUCUCAGGUCAGUUUCGAGGGCAAAAUGAGGAAGUGAGAACCAGCGCAUGCUCUUUAGCGUCGUUUAUUUUCCAGCACACACACCAACAAAAGAAACACUCCGUAGCUCAAUGAUAAACACAACAAUAAUUCUUGACUCACACUCAUCUUGGGACUCUGAUUCCUCUCUCUCCCUCCACUGUGGCUCUGGGUGAACCCUUUAUCUCCCUCCAGCUCUCACUGUAACACAAAUCAGCUGUCAGAGAUAAUUUCCCACAGGUGAUAAUCCUUACCGCUCUCCUCUCACAAACUCGCUCUCCAUUCACAAACUGGUGCUCGACCAUGCCCCCACCAUCACAGAUACAUAUGGGAAGAAAAAUAAAGCAGGACACUUUUCCUGCUUUAAGAAAUGAUAUUUUACCUAUUAUAUUAUUUGCAUAAAUGAAGCCUAUUUUUAGGACCAAGAUUGUUUGCAUCAUGACAUUAUAUUCAUGACAAGUAUAUUUCCAUAAAUUAAAAUAGUCUCAUAAUUUACUCACCCUCAUGCCAUCCCAUGACUUUCUAUUCUUCUGAGAACACAAAGAUUUUUAGAAGAAUAUUUUAUCUCUGUGUGUCCACUCAAUGCAAGUUGAUUUUUGGUUGGAAAUUUGAAGCUCCAUAAAGCACAUAAAGGCAGCAUAAAAUGUAUCCAUAUGACUCCAGUGGUUAAAUCCAUAUUUUCUUUAGCAAUAUUAUAGGUGUGGAUGAGAAACAAUUUGAUAUUUCAUUACAUUUUUACUAUAAAUUCUCCUCCCGUACCUGUAGGUGGCAAUUUGCAUGAAGACUGGGAAUCGUCAAAAACAAAAGAAGAAGAAUUUGGAAGUGAAAGUAGAGAUUUAUACUUAAAAAGAUCUAAAAUAAUGAAGUUUUUCUCACCCACACCUUUCAUAUUUCUUCA